AUGGUGAUGGAACAGUUAAUGAGCGCAUGUCCUCAGUGCUUGGAACAAGUUACAGCAAAAGGAGAGACUGUUCUUCAUGUAGCAGUGAAGGCCAAUCGAUUUGAAGAUGUGAAAGUGCUAGCUGACAGCAUCAGUCAUCACAGUUUGCACAGAGCGUUGAAAGCACAGGACCAAAAGGGCAAGAGCGCCUACCAACUGGCAGCAGCAAAGAAACAGUUGCAGGUAUAUAUAUUAAAAAAAGUGCAAUAUGUAUGUGCAUGUUCUAGAGGUACUGAGGGAGAUGAUGAGGAGGGUGACAAAAUAAGAGAGGAACGUUGUAUAAACGUGGACGGGAAGGAGAGUGAGAGUGAAGAAUGCAGAAAACAGGAGAGCAAGGACAGCAAGGAGAUGCCGUGGAAGCUGGCUGAUUUAAUACUGGUAGUGGCCACCUUGAUCAUAACAUUGACAUACCAAGCUAUGGCAAAUCCUCCAUCAGCCUUUUUCAAAGAUGGCAGCACUAAAACAGACUGGGCCUGCCGUCUCAGCUCUUUCAGACAUGCGUCAAAUCUCGCAGACGCCCUGAAGAACUGUCCGGCUGCGUUGCCUUCUACUUUCUUGUUUUUCAACACGCUGCUCUUCCUCCAAUCGAUCUUCGUCGUGGUUAUCACUUUGCGGAGCUCACGCUGGCUAUUCGCCAUUGUGCGAGUGCUCACGGUGUACCUCACCGUGAUUUAUAGUUGCAUACUGUCGGCUGUCAACUAUUACUUGGUAUAUCCUUCAACGGCUCUUUUAGUGAUAGUGAUUUUAGUUGCCAUGCCAUUAUCAGAAAAAGCAAUGGCGUUAAUCUAUAAAGAUGGAAACAUGAUAAGGCGUUCACACCAACAGCAAGCUGAAGGAUGA